AUGGGUUCCGAACUAGGCGUAACUGCCGACUCCAAAUCGCAACUCAACCUCGACAGCGUCGGCGUAUGGUGGAUAUCCUGGGCCGGCUUCUGGACCCUGCUUGUCCUCUGUGGGAUGGGCUACCUUUUGGUAAACCGGCGCUCGCAAAUUUUGCGAAUCCGAGGCAUCGGCUUGUCUCUCUCGGCCGUGGUGCUGCUCCAUCUCUACUGGUUUUCAGUCCAACUCGGAUACGUCGUCGGCGCCGUGUCGCCCGCCGAGGCAGAGUACUGGAUCAUGGGAACCUACCUACCGCUUGGCAUUGCGCUUUUCCACGCUUCCAACAGCCGCUUUCUCUACGUCGCUCGGGCCCAGCAAAAGUACCUGAGCCGUCUGCUGAGCCGACCUGGCAAGAGGCCGAGCCGCGGCCUCUUUGGCAGGUUCAACAGGUGGGACUUCACCACCAAGAUGGUCGUUCUGGUCGGCCUCGGCAUGUGUCUCCAGCUAUUCCUCGCCAUCUUCAUGUACCUCAUCUCGCGCAAGUUCCACAGCGGCUGGGGCAUCCCCGGAACAGAGGUCGACGGCACCGAGAUGGAGCAGAGGAUGAGAACGGGCCGUGGCUGGGAGUGGUGGCCCAGCAUCUUCUGGCAGGUCAUAUGGGCUUGGUUUGUCGCUCCGUGCAUUCUGUGGAAAUCUCGCAACAUUCGCGAUACGCAUGGAUGGAGGGUCCAGACCAUUGGCUGCGCCUUGGCCGGAUUGCACGCAACUCCCAUGUGGCUUAUUGCCCUGUACGUCCCCGCCAUGGAACCCGUCAAUAGAUACGUUCUUCCUCCUCAAUGGAUCGCCCUCUCAAUCUGGGCCCUCGAGAUCCUGACCGUCUUCCUCCCAUGCUGGGAAGUCUACAGCGCCAGCAACCUGCGUCAGGAGACGCUCGACUCCAUCGCGCAAUGGGAAUCCAAAAACAAGGCCGCCGCCUCGGGGACCAGAUCUCUUCGCACCGCUUCCACGGUGAUGGAGUCCCUGAUGACGGGCCUCAAAUCCACCGCCGGCUCCGUCAAGUCCACCGACUCCCAGGAAAGCAUCCUGACGAUGAGCGCGCUCGAGUACGUGCUGGAGCGCAACCCCGCGCCGCUGCAGGAAUUCUCGUGCCUUCGCGACUUUUCCGGCGAAAACAUUGCCUUCCUCACCUGCGUCGCGGAGUGGAAAAGCUCUCUCCCGGCAUCCGCUCGCUGCGGCGUCAACGACGAAUCCGCGAGAGAGCUUGUCCGCGAGCGGUUCAACCGCGCGCUGCGCAUCUACGCCGAGUUUGUCAGCAUCAAGGACGCCGAGUUUCCGCUGAAUCUUGCGUCCGCCGAGCUGGGCAAGCUGCAAGCCGUCUUUGAGCCGGCUGCGCGCACUCUCUACGGCGAGAAACGGGACGUGGACGCAGCCGUGCCGUUUGGCAUUUCCGGCCUUCCGCCUGCCAAGUCCAAGUCGUGCGCGGCUUCGUCGCAAGGAUCGGAGAAGGAAGCCUCGGGUGGAGGCGCCGAGGAUCGCGUCCAGUACUGGGGGGAAAUUCCUGAUUCGUUUGACGAAAAGGUCUUUGACGACGCGGAGAAGGACGUCAAGUACCUUGUUCUGACCAAUACCUGGCCCAAGUUUGUGAAGGAUCGCAGGAGUUUGCUUGAUUCAGAGACUGCCGAGACGGGGAGGCUUAUUCUUGGCAUGUUUCGCGGGCGACACAAGUAG